AUGGCGUUGCGAACGAAAAAGCUUCAUUCGUGUAAUCAUCUGAGAAAUAACUCAGGGAUUCCUAAGACUGACUUUUACGGGGCCUCUGACAUGGGAAGAUUAAAAGCCACGUCAACGCUGGCUGUGCUACAAAAAGUCGUGAUUGCCACAUGUCUGUUGCAAUACACUCAGCAGCAAGGAAGCAGGCAGAAUAGAGAAGUGAUAUUGAACAUCAGUGAUGAUCAGAAAACACAAUAUCUAAACCAAGACUUCUAUUCCAACGCAUACAAUUACGGUUAUGAAAUCAGUCCAAAUGGGCAAUUCCACCAUGAAGCACGUGGACCUGACGAAAUCACCUAUGGAUGCUAUGGAUAUAUAGAUCCAUUUGGGAAAUUGAAAACGACGUUUUACAUAAGUGAUGGUUGGGGAUACCGAGUCGUUCAACCAGGCAACGCAAUUGAACUAUUCUUACAUGAACAUGAGCAUCAUCAUCCUGAAGAAUCAGAUCAACAUGAACACGACCAUGAACACCACGAACACCACGAUCACCAUGGCGUUAUUACGCAAUGGACCGACUUAUAUUUUCCAGAUAUUUGUAGUCAAUUCGAUGGAACGAAUUCGAAACCAAGUACAACCUUCCCGCCCGGCCAAACACCAAGCACGGACGGUUCCGCUAGUGGAGGGACACCUGUGAAACCAGGUCAACCACAAUAUCCACCACAAACAGGAUAUCCGAACAGGCCUGGAUAUCCCGGAAAGCCAGGUGCCCCUGGAACACCAGCAAUACCAUUAGCUCCAGGAACACCGGGCACACCAGGUAUACCAGGUAAACCCGGUACCCCUGGGACACCAGGAACACCUGGAACUCCAGCCCAUCCUGGAAUCCCAGGUAAACCAGGACAUCCAGGCAUACCUGGUAGACCAGGAAGGCCUGGCACACCUGGCACACCAGGAAGACCACCACAACCAGGAUACCCUGGAACACCCGGAACACCAGGCACGCCUGGAAGUCCACCAACACCAGGAUACCCAGGACAACCCGGAACUCCUGGAACACCUGGAACGCCCGGAACACCUGGCACGCCUGGCAAGCCGCCGCAACCAGGAUACCCUGGAACACCCGGAACACCAGGCACGCCUGGAAGUCCACCAACACCAGGAUACCCAGGACAACCCGGAACUCCCGGAACGCCCGGAACACCUGGCACGCCAGGCAAACCGCCUCAACCAGGAUAUCCUGGAAUACCCGGAACGCCUGGAACGCCUGGCAGUCCGCCACAACCAGGAUAUCCUGGAACACCUGGAACACCAGGCACACCUGGAAGUCCACCAACUCCGGGAUACCCAGGACAACCUGGAACUCCUGGAACACCUGGAACUCCCGGAACACCAGGCACGCCAGGCAAACCGCCGCAACCUGGAUACCCUGGUACACCAGGUACGCCUGGCACACCUGGCACCCCACCACAACCUGGAUACCCAGGACACCCCGGAACGCCUGGCACACCAGGAUCACCUGGUACGCCUGGAAAACCGCCUCAACCUGGAUACCCUGGUACACCCGGUACGCCUGGCACGCCUGGAAUUCCACCAACACCGGGAUACCCAGGACACCCCGGAACGCCUGGCACACCUGGAACACCCGGAAAACCAGGCACGCCUGGAAAACCGCCUCAACCUGGAUACCCUGGUACACCCGGUACGCCUGGCACCCCUGGAACUCCACCACAACCAGGAUACCCAGGACACCCUGGAACGCCUGGCACACCUGGAACACCCGGAACACCAGGCACGCCUGGAAAACCGCCUCAACCUGGAUACCCUGGUACACCCGGUACGCCUGGCAGACCUGGAACUCCACCACAACCUGGAUACCCAGGACACCCCGGAACGCCUGGCACACCUGGAACACCCGGAACACCAGGCACGACUGGAAAACCGCCUCAACCUGGAUACCCUGGUACACCCGGUACGCCUGGCACCCCUGGAACUCCACCACAACCUGGAUACCCAGGACACCCCGGAACGCCUGGCACACCUGGAACACCCGGAACACCAGGCACGCCUGGAAAACCGCCUCAACCUGGAUACCCUGGUACACCCGGUACGCCUGGCACCCCUGGAACUCCACCACAACCUGGAUACCCAGGACACCCCGGAACGCCUGGUACACCUGGAACACCCGGAACACCAGGCACGCCUGGAAAACCGCCUCAACCUGGAUACCCUGGUACACCCGGUACGCCUGGCAUACCUGGAACUCCACCACAACCUGGAUACCCAGGACACCCCGGAACGCCUGGCACACCUGGAACACCCGGAACACCAGGCACGCCUGGAAAACCGCCUCAACCUGGAUACCCUGGUACACCCGGUACGCCUGGCACACCUGGAACUCCAGCACAACCUGGAUACCCAGGACACCCCGGAACGCCUGGCACACCUGGAACACCCGGAACACCAGGCACGCCUGGAAAACCGCCUCAACCUGGAUACCCUGGUACACCCGGUACGCCUGGCACACCUGGAACUCCACCACAACCUGGAUACCCAGGACACCCCGGAACGCCUGGGACACCUGGAACACCCGGAACACCUGGCACGCCUGGAAAACCGCCUCAACCUGGAUACCCUGGUACACCCGGUACGCCUGGCACACCUGGAACUCCACCACAACCUGGAUACCCAGGA